GCGCCCGUAUCCCCCGCUCCUCCCCAGCCGCCCCCGUUUUCUGUGGAGGAUCGAGGAGGAGGAGGCUUCUUCUCGUCGUAUUUUCAAGCUCAUGCGUAAGGAGGCGUGCCUUAGAUAACACGACAGAGGAGCCAGAGGAGGGGGGUCGAGGUGGCUCUCAUCAGAAUGGCUCCUUAAUGGAAUAAAGGGAAGCCCCACGACAGGAGCAGCCUCGACUCCAGGGGGGGAAACCUGCUGCUGGCACUGAGUUGGCCCCGUUAGUCUGGCACUGGCACUCGGAGCUCUCUGGCGGUGGCACUCUCGGCGCUCGUGACUCGGCCCAGGGACUUUGGCACUGGCACUCUCGGCUCUCUGGCACUGGCACCAUAGGCUCUCGUGAGGUUACCAUGGCAGGCAGAGCGAGUACUCGGGUCCUCCUGGUGACGGCCAACAUCGCCUCGUGCUUCGAACAGCCUGACACCAUGCUGAAGCCAUGGAUCACAGAAUUUUUAAAGACUGUAGAGGACCAUGAGCCACAGUUCAUUGCGCUCCACUGCCAGGAGGUUGGAGGAAAGAAUUAUGAAGAAAGUAUGCAGCAUGUUGAGCAUUUUGUCAGGUCACUGCUGAACAGAGGGACUAUGUUACCUUAUGACAAGAUUAGAGUUUUCCUAGAUGAGGAGUACGAGUCUGCCGAAAAGUUCACUGCCCUGGGUAAUCUUUACUUCAUCCAUCAAAACGUUCAAGAUGUACAGAUUUGGGAUUUUGAAGAGAAAAGAUUCACCGACUGUGUGGACAGAAGAGAGUACUCAGGUAACAUAGAGGAUGUGCCAACCAAGGAAAAGUCAAAAUUCCCACAAGAGUUCUUCCCCGAGUGCAAGUGGUCUCGGAAAGGUUUCAUGAGAACGAGAUGGUGUUUAAAUGGUACCAAGUUUGACCUUGUGAACAUCCAUCUAUUUCACGAUGCAUCAAAUUUCAUUGCCAUGGAGGAGUUUCCAUCAGUAUACAGCCUCAACAGAAAGAGAGCACUGGAACACACAUUAGACAGACUGUUUCAUAUUUGCAAGUGGUCUCGGAAAGGUUUCAUGAGAACGAGAUGGUGUUUAAAUGGUACCAAGUUUGACCUUGUGAACAUCCAUCUAUUUCACGAUGCAUCAAAUUUCAUUGCCAUGGAGGAGUUUCCAUCAGUAUACAGCCUCAACAGAAAGAGAGCACUGGAACACACAUUAGACAGAUUCCACAAUGAUGGCUUUGAAAAUGUUCCUCUCUUCAUAUUUGGUGACUUCAACUUUAGAGUGAACACUCAUGGGGUUGUGCAGAAACUGACAAAUGGGUGCACACCAGAGGAUGCUGAAUUACCCAACACUGGUGAGAAGGCAAAGGAGUACAAGGACAACAAGGGCAAGGUGCAGCUAACCAUUUCCAAGAAGACCUUCAAGCACUCAGAGCACGACACACUAUUUCUCAAGGAUAACGGCAGCUUGCUAAAAGAGUUUGAUCAAGAAAUUGAUCAGUUCAAGGAAAGAUUAACAGAGUUUCCAAUCAGCUUCCCUCCAAGUUAUCCAUUUGAGGAAGGUGCUGGUGGCAAUGGCUCACACUACAUGAAGACUCGGUGUCCCUCUUGGUGUGACAGGAUCAUCCUCGACCAAGCAGCCAAAAAACUAGUGGAUUCAAGUAAUGGAAAGGUGGCAUACAAUCUCAUUGGCUUGAAUGUGACAAUGGGUGAUCACAAGCCUGUGGGUCUUUGUUUGGAGGUGGCCGUGGGAGCAGGUAUAGUGCCGUGUUGCUCUCCUGAUGCACCGUGCCGUAACUUUGUGCAUGAACCUGAUGCUCAGUGUUUUGUGCAGGCGGGUUGGUGCCUGUGUCAAUCAUACCCAGCCUGCCCGAGACCUGUAGUCAAGUCUGUGUGCCCCAACAGUAGUACCCUGUCCUCUCUCCCAGGCCAGGUUCUCCCCAUGAGCCAAGCGGCUGCAUGUGUUAACCCGGUAAGGGUAGACGUUGCUCCUGCCCCACUUAGUGUCUGCAGUCCUGGACCAUGUUCGGUGCCUCAGUGUGUUUGUAGUGCUGGUGCUAGUGAAGAGAAAAUCUCACAUCAUUGUCAUUGUGGCCAUCUGUCAAGAGAACAGCCAGUCAGACCAGCAGGUGGAGUCGAAUCACGUGACCUUUUAAGAAAUCUUUUAAUGCUUGGUGGAAAUAGUACAAACAAUCAAGCUGUUGAUGGACAUGAACAGUUACUGAAAAGAGUAAACUCUGCACCCAACACCACAAUAUCUCUAGCAAGAGUGUAUCAUCAUGCCCCCUUAAUAUCUUCUCAUUCCUUGGACACUGGAUGCUGUUUGCAUCACACAUAUCCUCCUCCUAAACUUCGCCUCAGAGCAAGUUCCUCCAGGUUGAUUUCCCAUCACAGUUCCUCCACAGAAGAAUGGUUUGAAGAAGUUCCUGUGCCUGACCCUUCAUUUGGUACAGGAGAAACAGACCUGCAGUGCAGAUCAGUUCAGUCCACACAUGCAGAGACUGCAGGGCAGGUGAACCCACCAGUCGAGCUUAAUUUAUGUGUUAGUGUGGAUAAGCCACCCCCUCAACAGUCUGAGGAAAGCCAUCUUGAAGACACUCAUUCUUGGUCAUCAAUUACACAUACUGGUACUUUGGAGGAUUCAGGAGGCAGCGGGGCUGAGAGUGCAGGUGUAGACAGCAGAGAUGGCAAUUGCAAAGAAGUUGAUGAAGUAAGCAACAGACAGGUGAGCACAGAGCAGCACUCUCUCAACAAUCUGCUUCUCACCGACAGUUGUGACCGCCUUUCUGCCAAGCAUUUAAAUCAGUCAGAAUCAAGCUUAAGUUGUACUCAAUACAGUGAAGACAGUGCAUCUAGCAUGGGACGACCACUUAAAGAUGGAGAGACAGUCUCUCAGGCCCCAACCUUUGACAUUGCAGACUUAGAUUCUGGUGAUAUUAGUUCCGCAAAACAUAAUAAAAAGUGCCAAAAAUCUAGCCACAAACCCAGUGCUGAUAUGUCUGAACGCUCGCCUGGCCAGUGCUGUUGUGUUCUGUCUUAACCUAGACUACAUAGUGCUUCUAGUAGUUGCCCAUGAUGGAACCCCGGUUGAUGAACCUGUGUGGCAGCUCAGGGAGCCGGGGGAGACCGCCGCAGUGUCAGAACAGCCAACGCCAUUGGAAGAAGAGAGCGACCAAGCCCAGGGGACGCUGAGAUGUGUUCCUCAGGGCAUCG